AUGCCUUCAUCGAAAAAUCUAGACUUGGAGCGAGGUGAAAAGUCCGAAUCAGUGCUGGGGAUUAAAUGGAUACCGUACGAAGACGUGUUUGUGUACUCCUUUGGUAUGAGAGAUGACAUACAGCGCAUUCUUCAUGAGGAUCACAUUCCCACCAAGCGGGAAAUCGCCCGAGUUGUUAUGAGCCUAUUUGAUCCGCUCGGUUUCGUCGCGUUUUUCCUUGUACACGGCAAAAUUCUUCUCCAGGACACGUGGGCGAAAGGUACGGAAUGGGACCAACAGAUUCCUGACGAUCUCAACAAGCGGUGGCGGCAGUGGUCGGAGCUCUUCGGACAGUUAAACCAGAUCCGUAUACCCCGGUGCUACUUUAGGUCACCCUUUCCUAAGAACCUGGAUCGCCUCCAACUACACGUGUUCGUAGAUGCUAGCGAAAUGGCGUAUGCUGCGGUGGCUUAUUUCCGACUGGAGAGUAACGGUUGCGUGCAAGUGGCACUCGUCGGGGCCAAAGUGAAAGUUGCCCCAUUGAAAACUUUGUCUAUUCCCAGACUCGAGUUGAAAGCCGCCAACCUCGGGGUUCGCUUGGCCGGCAGCAUCCAAAGUCAGCACUCUUACCCAAUCAAUUUCCGAUAUUUCUGGGGCGAUUCGAAAACCGUUCUCGCUUGGAUCAAAUCAAUCGAUCACAGACGGUAUCAUAAGUUUGUUGCUGUCCGCGUCGGCGAGAUCCUGACAACCACAGAGCCAAAUGAGUGGAUGUACGUACCAUCGAAACUCAACGUUGCUGAUCUCGCGACGAAGUGGGGAAUUGGUCCGCAGCUGACGAUGAACAGCCCUUGGUUCCAGCCUCAUGACUUCUUCCAAACCACCGAAAGGAAUUGGCCUACGCAACAACCGAUUGAGCCAACUGAGGAAGAACUAAGGAAUGCCCACUGUCAUUUCGCACACUUUGCGUUGGUGGAAUUCACCCGGUUUAGCAGUUGGACCAAAAUGCACCGUUCAGUAGCAUACGUGCUUCGCUUUAUCAACAACAUUCGGCGGAAGAAAGGAAGAGCUAAAGAGCUCGGCAAUCUUACCAGCGAUGAGCUACGACUAGCGGAAGAAGAGUUGUGGAAGAUGGCGCAAGGCGAUGUUUAUCCUGAUGAAAUCGCCGUACUCGUCCAAACUCAAGGUCCACCAGAUCGACGUCAUAAUGUUGUGGAUAAGACCAGCGACAUCUACACCAAGUGGCCGUUCCUCGAUGAGAAUGGAGUUCUGCGGAGUCGUGGCCGAAUCGGUGCGGCACCCUACACACCGACCGAAGCUAAGUUUCCCGUAAUCCUACCCAAACAACAUUUAAUAACCUUCUUACUUGUAGACUGGUUCCACCGCCGCUUUCGCCACGCCAACCGAAAGACCGUCUUCAACGAAAUUCGCCAACGAUUCGACAUUUCGCAACUGCGUCGAUUGUUAGACAAGGUCACACGAAGCUGCGUCUGGUGCAGAAUUGCUAAGUCUUCCCCGAGACCGCCCGCUAUGGCCCCACUACCGGAAAUGCGGGUAACUUCGUUCAUCCGGCCAUUUACCUUCACCGGGCUGGACUACUUCGGGCCGGUGCUCGUCAGAAUGGGCAGAAGCAACGUCAAGCGCUGGGUAGCCCUCUUUACGUGUCUCACCACCAGAGCCAUCCAUUUGGAAGUGGUACACUCACUGAGUAUGGAGUCGUGCAUCAUGGCUGUGCAACGCUUUGUCUCCCGCCGGGGUAUGCCGCGGGAAUUCUGGUCGGACAAUGCCACCUGUUUCCAGGGCACUAGCAACAAACUGGAAGUGCACAACAAGAUGAUGUCGGAAAAGUUUACUACCUCACAAACUACAUGGAAGUUCAUUCCACCUGCUUCCCGCACAUGGGCGGUGCAUGGGAGAGGCUCGUUCGCUCGGUCAAGGUGGCAAUCGGGGCGACGCUGGAUGGUACCCGAAAACCUGACGAUGAAACACUGGAAACAAUCUUGUUAG